CAUAGGUCGGUUUGAGUGCGUUGCUAAGCAACAAGUCAAUAAAAACAGAUGCAGAGGCUACACAGAUGCAGGCAUGUCCAAUUACUCAGCAAACCAGUAUGACAGCGCGUUCAAGCCGCAGAGGCUGCAGAACUGGUGUGAGAGUAAGCACCCCAAAGAGAGAUCCAAAGCACGGGAGGGUUACACCACCUUCGUUGCCGAUGAUAGAGGACGUCUGCUCCCAGGACUGGUAAAGAGGGGCAAGGCAUGGCCAGACUUUAAGGGGACCUGGGAUCUACCUGCUCGUAUCCCGGCCCACCACAUCAACCCUACAGGCCGCUCUGUGGAGGGUCUCAAAAGGCUGAAGUCCUGGGGCUUUGACCCACAGCACACUGGCAGCAACAACACAGACGGGCUGCAGGAUGUUGGCGUUGGCGAGCAGUCCAAUGGGGACAUACAGCAGGACGGUGCUGCCGUGUCAGCGGACGUAGCCAGCCAGGAUGCACCAUCAUCCCCCGAGCAGAGACACAAAGAUGAACAUGAAGACCAGUGCCCUCUUCAUUCAAUACGUAGUGGAUAAAAAAAAAUACCUACAAAAUAAA